UCGCGGAGCGUCUGUGCGGGCCCGGGAGCGGCGGCAGCGGCCGGAGCCCGGUGAGGCGGCGGCGGAGCUCGGAGGCGGCCCCAGCGCAGGAUUUUUCAUUCCCAAGGAGUGGCCGGAUGGAGGAGGAGGCAAAGCCCCAGAAAUGCCUCACGAGGAGGGGCUGCAAACCCAGCGCAGGGAGCUGCGAGGAGCAAAGAGCUCCCCUGUGCCAGGAGGGUGGCCGGAGAUCCAGCCAGAGCUCCGAGCUGGUGGAGAAGCCUCAUGGAGGGGAGAAGCCGCACAAGUGCUUGGAAUGUGGGAAGGGUUUCAGCCGGAGCCUGCACCUGAUCCAGCACCAGGUGAUCCACACUGGGGAACGGCCCUAUGAGUGUGGGGAGUGUGGGAAGAGCUUCAACCACAGCUCCAGUCUGAUCCAGCACAAGAGGAUCCACACCGGGGAACGGCCCUAUGAGUGUGUGGAAUGUGGGAACAGCUUCAGGUGUAGCUCCAGCCUGAGGAAACACCAGAGGAUCCACACUGGCGAGAAACCCUACAAGUGUGGGGAAUGUGGGAAGAGCUUCAGAGACAGCUGCCGCCUCAUCCAGCACCAGGUGAUCCACACUGGGGACGGGCUCUACACCUGCUUGGAAUGUGGGAAGGGCUUUGGAUAUAGCUCCGACCUGAGAAAGCACCAGCGCAUCCACACCGGGGAGAGGCCCUACGAGUGUCCUGAGUGUGGGAAGAGGUUUCGGGUCAGCUCUGAUCUCCUCGUACAUCAGCGGAUUCACAGAGAGGAGAGGCCCUUCCGCUGCCCCAACUGCGGGAAGGGCUUCAAACGCAACUCACACCUCACUGUCCACCAGCGCAUCCACACCGGGGAGAGGCCCUAUGAGUGUCCUGAGUGUGGGAAGAGGUUUCAGACCAGAUCCACUCUCCUCCUACAUCAGCAGAUUCACACAGAGGAGAGGUCCUUCUGCUGCCCUGACUGUGGGAAGGGCUUCAAACGCAACUCAAACCUCAUCAGGCACCGGCGCAUCCACACCGGGGAGAGGCCCUACGAGUGUCCUGAGUGUGGGAAGAGCUUCUCACAGAGCUCUCACUUGACCAAACACCAACGGAGGUACCACUAAGGGAAGCACUGUGAGUGUCCCGAGAGCGGGAAGAGCUUUGUGCACUGCUCCAGCUCCAUCCCCUGUGGGAGGAUCGGCCUUGGAUGGUCCCCAGUGAGCCCCGUUGGGCAGAGCCCUGCUGAUCCGUGGUCCUAGUGAUCCGUGUUGGGAAGACACCUGGCUGGGAGUGCUCCACAUCUUCCUGGCUCUCUGUGGGCACCAGGAGGAAGGCAGGGGCAGGAAGAUUCAUUGGGACACAGACUGACAUGGGGAAUUUUGGGGGAGAGCAGAUUUGUUGGCUUGCAACCCCAGAAAACGUUUUGCAUUAAAUUCUAUCUUCUAGGGGCAUUACAGAAUACUGGAUGGUCUUGGAGAUCUUUUCCAAGCACUCCAUGUUCUUGAUUUCCUACUGCCCAAGGGCAUCUUCCGCAGCCAAAUGCUGGUGGACUGGGGCAAAGACCAAGGUUUUGGAGACCUCCAAAAAAGGUUCUUCCCUCCCAUCCAAGCACAUGGAUCCUCAGCUGGCACAGACACAACAAUCCUUUUCUUUUAGUCUCUAUUUCCUUUUCAUUUCUCUUCAUCACUUUAAAAUAUCCAACACCGGGGUAAAAAUAAAGACAUUGAACUAAGAUAAGAGUGAGGACAUGGGGGGACAGAUAUGGAGAGUGACAUGGGGACACAUGGACAGGGACAGGGAUGUGGCCAUUCAUGGGGACAUGAGGGGAAAUGGGCAGAGCUGGAGAUGUGGGGGACAAUGACAGGGAUGGAUUUGUGGUGUGGAGACAGCCAUGGGUGGGGACAUGGUGGGACAUGGCCAGUGACAUGUGGGGACAUGGCCAUGGCCCGUGCCAUGGGGGGAACUUGCAGGGGCUGUGGGGGAUGCUGGGUUUGAGGGAGUUGAGGGUUCCUGGGAGGGACUUGGGGCUUGCUGAGGGCUUUGGGGAGCCCAGAGCUGGGAGACCCUGGCAGAGGUUGUGGGGCAGCUGCUCAAGGACCCCCUGAGCUGGACCCCCAGGUGGGCAUUGGGCUCCUGGAAGGGAAUGAAGGUCCUUGUCCCCAGGAGGGAAAUCCCAACAGCCCCAGGGUAUUGGGGGCAGCUGAGAGGCCACAACAGGGAGGGGAAAGCCAAACAGAGCUGUCCCCCUCCAGAACUGCACCCCAAAAAUCCCAAACUCAGGGACUCCUCCCAGGAAAAAGCUGUCAGGAGGUGCCUGAAUUGAUGGCAAGGGGGAUGGGACCUCAGACUGAGCAGGAGGGGCCUGGAACCUCCAAAACCAAGCAUGAUGGACAGGGCUGGUGGAAUGGGGGGCAGAGGGGAAGGGGUGGAAGAGCAGGGAAGAAGAAGGGGCUAGAACCUCCAAAUUGCUGUGGGAAGGGUCCCACUCCUCCUCCUUUCUAAUCCCCAAGAUGGUGCUGAGGCAGUGCUGGACUCUGGGCCUGGCUUGGGCACCCCCCCAUGCGCCCCCUCCCCAAAUUCCUCUGGCAGCUUCAGGGCGCCCAGGCGCCUUUUGGUGUUGGCUGGGUGCUGUGCUGGGGUUCAGGUGCCUCCCAAGGAGUCCCCAGAGCGGGGUGACACAGGGGGGACACACGGGGAUCCCCAUUCCCGAUCCAUCCUGGGGCCCGUUUUGUCCCCUCCUGAAUCAUGGUCCCCCCGCAGGGUCCCCCCAAGUCCCUCUCCACUGUCCCCAGUAAACAGGACUGGGAUGAACUGGGAAGCUUUGUUGGGAACACUGGGAGCAGCCGGGUGGGGACAGAGUGACAGCAGGGCUGGGGGGACACACGAUCCCCCCAAAAUCAUCUCGGGGAUGGAGCAGGGGGUCCCGGCCAGGCCCGAGGCCACGGGGAGGGGCUGCGACCGCUGCCAGCUCAGGAGCUCUGUGGGCAGAGAAAAGGGGUGACACCGGGCUGGGGGGCCCUGGGGGAGCACACACGCUCUGGAGGAGGGGGGCACGACCCCCGGGACCCCCCCUCACCUUCUUGCACAGGCAGAAGCUGAGCCCCAGCGCCAGAAAGACAAAGCCCAACACAAAGCCCCCGAUCCCCAUCAGCAUCUUGCUCUGGGCAGCGACUGGUGGCAUCUCUGGUGGUCUGCAGGGCUCAGGAGCCCCAAAACCUCUCACAGACACCCCAAGCCCCUCCAAGCUCCCUCCCAGUCUCCUCCAGCCCACCCAGGACUUCCUGUAACCUCAUCGCAAUCCCUUCGUGGCCGCCCCAGGACCCAACAAAGCCCCUCCUGUCCCUCUCAGGAUCCCACAACCUCCUCAAUUGCCCCCCACCUCCCCAGGACCCCCAAACCCUCUCCCAGUCCCUUCCCAGCCCCACCAGGACUCAUCAAGACUCCUCCCAGUCUCUUCCCAGCACAACCAACCUCAUCCCAAUCCCUGCUUUCCAAUCCCUGAUCACCUUCCAGCCCCUCCAGGCUCACUCCAAUCCCUCCCAGUUACACCCAGCACCCCCAAACUCCCUCCCAGUGCCCACCAGCACCCCCAGAACCCCAUCCCACCUCCCCAGCAUCCUCCAAACUCCUUCUCAGCCCUUCCAGACACCCGAGCCCCUCUCCUAGUUGAAACCAGGCUCUCUCCAACUCCCUCCCAGUUCCUCUCAGCACAUCCCAGUGCCUCUCCCAGUUCCCCCCCAGUGCCUCCCCCGUGCCCCAGUGCCGGCUCAGGGGCUGCUCCAGGCUGACGUGCUCCGCCUGGCAACUGGAGGUGACCCCGUGCCGCGGGGAGGUUUCCAGCAGCACCAGCAGCUGCUGGCUCCAGUCCCCGUUGGGGACCACGGCGGUGCCACCCCGUGCCCCGAGAGCUGCUGCUGGCCCUGGAAGCAGCCCAGCUGGCUGUGGGCAGGGUAGAAAUCCAUCAUGGAGCAGAGCAGGCGGCCGGGGCCGGGCUGGGAGCUGGAGGGCAGCAGCGAGGUGGAAAGGCUGCGGGUCACUGGGAGAGAGAGGGGAGGGGUGGUGUGGCAUUGAGAGGGACUGGGAAUGGACUGGGAUGGACUGAAAGAGCCAAGGGUGUCUCUGAGAGGGGCAGGAGGCCCCGGGGAUGGACACAAGGAGGGCUGAGGGCUCUGGGCUGAUCCCAGGCAGGUUUUGAGGCACUCCAGGGUCAUUGCCAGGGCAGGGCCUCACGGGACACGCUCUGCCCCACGCUCACCU